AACCUUCAACACACACACAAAACACUAUACACCACGGCUAGACGCCUUACAAUCGUUAAGCAGGUUCUUGAAUAUUCGAAAAGAACACAUUCGUUGUGAAGAAAAAAAGGAACCUUUUCGACGAAAUCGCAUCCCGUUUCCCUCAAUUGGAUAUCAAUUCAUUGGCGAGUUUGCGGCGCAGCUAGGCUACUAAGUAUUACUCGCAUUCGUUCGUUGUCAACGGUCGCCAAGCGAUUUUAGUCGGAGCUUCUUUACGAGCUUAUCUUUAAGGUCUCUGCAGCUCCUAUACAAAUAUGGGUUGGGAGGACUCAAACUACCAGCCAAGGGCUGGUCCCGCUUCCUUUCAAGUCAGAGAUAUCGAUGGUCCCGUCGAAAUGGUAUCCGGUGCACCACCAUACUACUCGACAGAACGCCCACUACCACCGCGAGGAAACAUGGCCUCGCAACAAGCCGCAUCCCGGUGGAAUCCCAAGACUUGGGGGAAAAGAAGCUGGGCGAUUUUCGCAGCAAUUGUAGCUAUCAUUAUCGUUAUCGUCAUCGUCGUCCCGGUCGAGGUCACCAAGGCGAACCGAUAUCCGGAUUAUUCCUUCCUCAAUUACACUCUAUCAGACUCAUAUAACGGAACAACUUUCUUCGACAAGUUUGAUUACUUCACAGGGUACGAUCCAGCCGCAGGAUUUGUUCACUAUGUUCCGGAGGAACAAGCUACACAAUUGAAUCUCACGUACGCAAGCACGGAUUCGGCAGUCUUAAGGGUCGACACUAGUGUCGGCAAUACCUCUACCCCAGAUGCGUCUACUGGACGUUUCUCUGUGCGGGUCCAAUCCAAGACGCAGUACGACAGCGGCCUCUUCAUCUUCGACGUCAAGCAUACCCCCUUCGGGUGCGGAACUUGGCCGGCUUUAUGGCUCGUCGACCCCAACAAUUGGCCGGACAAUGGAGAAAUUGAUGUGAUGGAGGCUGUGAACAAGGCUGCAGAUGGCAACCAGAUGACACUUCAUACGACGGACUCUUGCGAAAUGAAAGUAAAGCGCAAGAUGACUGGUUCGUCCAUCACAACCGAUUGCUAUAACGCCACCGACGACAACGCUGGCUGCGGCGUUAAAACCGCCGCAGAUACCUAUGGCAGUGCUUACAAUGACGCUAACGGCGGUAUUAUGGCCAUGGAAUGGCGUGACGCGGGUAUCCGAGUUUGGCAAUUCGGGAGGAACGGGAUCCCAACUGACAUCACGUCCGGGAGCCCGGACCCGACCACCUGGGGCGAGGCCGCUGCCGACUUCCCGAACACGGAUUGCGACAUCGGCUCGCACUUCAGAAACCAGAGCAUCAUCGUCAACAUUGAUUUAUGUGGACAGUACGCUGGCAACGUGUACUCGACAAGCGGCUGUCCCAGUAAUUGCACCGACUACGUCGCUAAUUACCCGUCGGCCUUCACCGAUGCCUAUUGGGAAUUUGGCACAUUCCAGGUCUACAAGGCCUCUUAAGCGUUAGAGACUUAUGACUUAAUAAUGAUCGGUAUCAUUUGGAGUUGGUGGUUAUUUCCGGUUUGAUCAGGGUAUGAUAAUGUUGCCGGCGGGCGAGGCGAGCGCCGCGCAACUGGCAAGACAUGGAUAGAGGCUCUACGUGGAAUUUCUUAAUCUUUUGAGAUGUGGACGGACGGGUAUGUGAUGGAUAUGCUAUACGAUGGGUGGAUGGUGGGGAGGCGGGUUUACUAUGAGGUGGUACUAUGCGAUAUGAGCCAGACUACCAUUACAGCUAUCCAGCUUGCAACAAAAGCAAGUUAAGAGAAAAGUUUUAUGUCGACUACUACUUAAUGUUCCUGUCUUCCCUCCUUUAUUAUUUGCACUCCCCUCUACUCUUCUAAGCCGCUUUCACUGUCUUGCGGUUUUUUGAAACACGUACGACCAAUCGAUAAUAUCAAUGAGCU